UUCACUCAUAUCAGUGCAUUUGUAACAACCUAACCAUUAUAACACUUUAUUAGAUCAUAUUAACCUCACGUAGCAAAUUAGCUAUUACAUCUUUUGUUUACCAAAUUCGACACCCAUUGACCUCCAUACAAACAUUUUAUUGAGCAGAUUUUGUGCGGAGUAAAACCUCUCGCUUCGCCUCUUCCUCUUUGCUUAAAAGCGCAUUUGAUUUAACCGACUUCCUAAGCAAAUCAUGAACGCGAUUGGCCAUUCAUCGCCCUACACACUUGAUUGACAGUAUAACCGACCAAUGGUGAGAGGUUAAACUAUCGCGGUGGUUGGAGGAUUAGCGAUGAGUCUUCUUUGGACAAAAGAGAUAUGCAGCCUUCGCAUUGUUCUAGUUGGCAACUUUGUUACUACUUUCGGCCAAGGGAUGAUCUAUGUAACAACAUUUUCUGGAUACUUUUGUUCCGUUUUGUAGCUCCGUUAUAAAGGUACCGUCAUCUUUCGGCACCGUUGGAGCACCGGCUGCUAGCCACCACAAGCAAUCCUAGGUAGUGAGAGAACUGUAAGAGAGGGAGAGAAGAAGAGAUCGGGGAGAGAAGAGUUACCAGUGGUGUGGGCAGAGAUGGGAGAACCAGAGCCCCUUAAGUUUGUCUCUCUGGAGGAGGAGGUGGACUACUGGAAGGAACAGGCAGCCAAGCGCCAACAGAGGGCUGAGGAGGUGCAGGAGGAGCUGCAGGAGUUCCAGCAGAUGAGUCGUGACUAUGAGGUGGAACUGGAGACUGAACUCAAGCAGUGUGAGACACAGAACCGAGAACUCGUCACACAGAACAACAGGCUACACAUGGAACUGGAGAACUACAAGGAGAAGUAUGAAAGGCAGCACUCGGAGGUGUACCAUCAGAUCUCUACUCUGGAAGAAGACCUGGCUGAGACCACGGCCAUCAGAGACCAGCUCCAUAAAUACAUCAGAGAGCUGGAGCAGGCUAACGAUGACCUGGAGAGAUCCAAGAGGGCUACCAUCAUGUCUCUGGAGGACUUUGAACAGAGGAUGAACCAUGUGAUAGAGAGGAAUGCCUUCCUGGAGAGUGAGCUGGAUGAGAAGGAGAACCUACUGGAGUCAGUUCAGAGACUGAAGGAUGAAGCCAGAGAUCUAAGACAGGAGUUGGCUGUCCAACAGAAGCAGGAAAGACUACUGUCCUUCACUGUCACCAAGAACUCAGACAAGACGGAGGACAAAACAUCCCUCCAUACCUCCCAUUCAUCCACACGACCGCCCUCAUCCCUCCAUACCGCUCCUCCUCCUGCUCUCCCUCCAUCCCUCCUCUCCACGCCCUCCAGACCCCCCCACCCCUCAGCAAGCCCCUUCACCACCCCCCCACCCUCUUACAGCAGAGGCGAUGGCCUAUCAGGUGCUCCUCUCACCACGUCGACACGUAUCUCAGCUCUCAACAUCGUAGGAGAACUGCUGAGGAAAGUCGGGAACCUGGAGUCUAAACUAGCGUCCUGUAGGGAGUUUGUCUAUGAACAGUCUCCUGGUUGCAGUACCCUCUCUGGGGGACAGGUGGCGCCACCCAUCCAGAGAGGCUCUUCUUCUGACACACCGUCCACCACCAACGGACUCUACGAGAAAGGAAUGGUGAAGAUGUUAGACUUCGGACCAGGACCAAAAAUUAUUCUGUGAACUCCCCCCCCUCCACCCUAGCCCCACACCUCAUCAACCCCUCCCUCCAUAUCUAUCAGGGUCGUAUUCACUAGACACCGAAUGGCGGUAAACUGGCUGAAACGGGGAAGGACUAACUGAACUUGUCCAAUAAACUGCUGUUGUUUUUUUGUGCGAAACCUGUUCUGUUGCAAAAUGUUUUUCUCCAGUUAGCUACAGCGUGCACUAAUGAAUAUGUCCCUGCCCAGCACAGUCUCCCUAGGUCACCAGGCUUGUAUCCCAGCUUUCAGCUUCCAAUGGGGUUUAAUGUGCUAGCGUACAGCUCUCACUCUGGAAAGGAAUGGACCAGAUCACUGGACAUCACGGAAGUGAGUCUAGAGUUCUAGAACGUCAUUGAGACAGAACCUCACCCUCUAAUGCAAUGGAACGUCAUGGAACCUCAGUGUUGAUAUCAACUGUUCUAGAGCGCCGUUGAGGAGCUUUGAUGACGUCACGGAUCAACGGUACUCCUUCCUCUGCACUUUACCCAGGAUGCUUUGCCCUGGGUCUCUUAUCGAGGACUGAGAGAGGCUUCUAGGAGCGGGGCUUAUGGCUCUGACACUUCCUGUUGGGACUAACCUGUAGCGGACUUAUAUCUGGUCAAAAGUAGUGCACUAUCUAGGGAACAGGGUGUGACCAGGGUCUAUAGGUCUCUGGUCAAAAGUAGUGCACUGGUCAAAAGUAGUGCACUAUGUCGGGAAUAGGGUGCCAUUUGAGACGUGACCACAGUGUCUCGCUACAGGACGGCACGUGUUUUGUUGUUACAUUUGAUCUGUUCUGUUUUUGAUCCUUUGGUUGUUUUAUGGAGGAAGAAGUCUUACUGGAAUGAACGUUUAUCCACACAAUAAUGAUGAAUUAUAUUUUACUUCACUUGAAUACACCCCCUUGUUUUGUCUACCAAUGUUUGAAUAAUAAUACUGUGACUGAACAGUGACACCUACUGGUUAAGGACAGGAAGUGGAAGGAGUGUUAAGAGGGUCAGGAGUAGGGUUGCUAAAUUCAGGUAACUUUCCCAAAAAUACCCUGGUUUUCCAGAAAUCCUGGUUGGAAGAUUCUCAGAAUCAGGGUGUAGUAAGCAGAGAAUCUGGAAUCCUUCAGCCAGGAUUUCUGGAAAAACCAGGACAUCUUGGGACUAGUCAGGAGGCAGAAGGAAAGUUGGCGUAGAAGGUUUGGUAAGGAAUAGAUAUACUUUGCACCUUUUUACUGCAGGUCCAGGAUCAGAUGUUGUCCCUCUAAUGAUUAAGGGUGGGGAUUGGGGUUAGGGUAAUCUGAUCCUAGAUCUGUGAGUGAUUGGUUAGGUUGAGGAAUGUGUUCGGCAUAGAGAGGGCUUCUGUGACAGCAUGGGCAGCGCCAUUGAGGGAUUUCUCAAUUUUAAAGUAGUCAAUUUUUUCAACGGUAAAGCAAAGGUUGGUAAAUUACUGCCCCCUGGAUGGUGUUGCCUGAACGGGUAUUAAGCCAAGGUUGGUGAUUUACUGACACCUGCAGUUAUGUAAUGUUAGUAUAGUAUAAUUCAUUGGCUGAUCAGUCCUACUGACCUGGAUGGAAUUCUGUAGUCCUUUCCUGACCGAUAGCAAGUACCAGCCACUUGACUACUUCAAAAUGGUGAAACUCCUCAAUGGCUCGCUCUGCCCAUGCUUAAACCAGCUUUGUAGCACAAUAGCCGUCUAUCCUAGUCUAUAGUGUUGAGGGUGCUACUGAUGGUGGCACGUCGGCCUGGUAAAACCUGACUGAGCGCUAGCCUGCGCUCACCUUUUAGAGCUUCAACAUGACUAGGCUGAUAUUAUAACAGAGUUAGAUUACCAAAGUUUAUGAUGUCCUGAACUAUAAUGUGUUUAAACUAUAGCAAUACAGUAGGAUUUUCUUACUAGUAGAAGUCUUCAAUGAAUGAACAAUCCGUGAAUAAUCCACGUGAAGAUUGAAGCCGUAUUUUAUAGUUGUACGUGGAAAUGUUGAUAUUUGGAUAUGAACUCAGACAGCCACGUAUGUUGCACAGAGGGUAGUCAAGAUUUAUUUUUGUUAUGCGACAGCCUUACCUGUGAAUGACUAGGACUGCAAAAUUCCAUUAACUUUCUCAAAGUUCCCACAUAUUCCAUAAAUCAAGGUUAGAAGAUUCACGGAAUCAAGCAGGAAUAAGCAAGAAAUCCAACAUUCCAACCAGGAUCUUCUGGAAAUCAUUUUCUCUUUUUUUUAAGUUACCUGAAUUUUUCAACCCUAUGAAUGCCACUGUGGUUUGGAAUCUCAGGGUUUUUAACCCAUAUGACAAGUGUUUAACACGUUGUAUAUGGUGACGCAAGUGUAACACAGGUUAUUUGGCUAGGAUAAACCAGUGGUUCACAACUGGUACUGUACACCACCAAGUAAUGUACUCCAUGCUCUGCCCUAUACCCCCUCAGGAGUCUUCGGCCAGUAAGCCUAUUGUCUCACGAGUCUUUGACCAGUAAGCCUAUUGUCUCACGAGUCUUUGACCAGUAAGCCUAUGGUCUCAGGAGUCUUUGACCAGUAAGCCUAUGGUCUCAGGAGUCUUUGACCAGUAAGCCUAUGGUCUCAGGAGUCUUUGACCAGUAAGCCUAUGGUCUCAGGAGUCUUUGACCAGUAAGCCUAUGGUCUCAGGAGUCUUUGACCAGUAAGCCUAUGGUCUCAGGAGUCUUUGACCAGUAAGCCUAUGGUCUCAGGAGUCUUUGACCAGUAAGCCUAUGGUCUCAUGAGUCUUCUCAAGUAGUCUCUGUGGAUUGGCCAGUUACCCCCAAGGGUUCUAGUACCACUGGUUGUGAACCACUUGGGUUACUAUGCCUGCAUGGUGAAUAACCUUGCCUGAGAUCUGAAGACUCGCGUUAGCUCCCUAGGGUAAUGCCUUGGCUUUAACUCAGUGGGCUAACACAGUCUCUAAAGGCCCUAAUGGCCUGGGUAUGUGGGUUUGAAUACCUGGCUGAUCAUUCUCACCCCUAUGUUUUGGGUAUUGGUGUUGGUUCAUUCUGUGAUGACAGGCUUGUGUGUUAAAUACCAACCCAUUCCCUGUAUAGGGCCCUUCUUUUUUCCCCAGUUAAAAGUAAGGGCAUACUACUCAGUCAUAGGAGCCAGUCAAAAGUAGGGUACUAUAUAGGGAAUGGACGCACUCAAAUACUGUCACACCUAUAUUGAUGAACAGCACGUAGUCGCUUAUAUCCUGUUGGGUGAAGCUUUGUGCCUUACUCUGAGACCACAGUGUGGUCUGACCUUAUUAAAGAUGUCUCUCUGUAGCUGGGACCUCAGUGUGGUCUGACCUUAUUAAAGAUGGCUCUCUGUAGCUGGGACCUCAGUGUGGUCUGACCUUAUUAAAGAGGUCUCUCUGUAGCUGGGACCUCAGUGUGGUCUGACCUUAUUAAAGAGGUCUCUCUGUAGCUGGGACCUCAGUGUGGUCUGACCUUAUUAAAGAUGGCUCUCUGUAGCUGGGACCUCAGUGUGGUCUGACCUUAUUAAAGAGGUCUCUCUGUAGCUGGGACCUCAGUGUGCUCUGACCUUAUUAAAGAGGUCUCUCUGUAGCUGGGACCUCAGUGUGGUCUCUUUCUACUGCUCGGGUACCGGUAAUACACCUCAGCCCAUUCAGUUCUAGCCAAUGAUAUAGCGUCAUAGACUUAAUGCCAAACAAACUAAUAUUUAGUCUAACUACCCUCCUAGGUCCUAGGCAAAUGUAGUUUAUCUGAAACUGUUGGAUAGACAGGAGUAGCAACGCAAUAUGCUAAAUAACACCUCUGAUUAGGCUAGGUGAAGUAGUCACCAUGUUUAUACCUAUCCAAUCCUUAUAGAUUUACCAAUUUACUAGGUGCUUCUUUAAAAAAAAAAAAAACUGUGUUUGGAAAUGAGGAAAAGAGAAGAAUAUUAUAAGUUGGCUGCUCAGUUCAGCUCAGUACUUUUGCCAUGCAAGAGUAUAAAAGUUACCAAGUCUGUUUCAAUUUAGAAAGUAAAACUAAAAUACAUUUGUAAUUGGAACGUCUGUUUACUUCCAGGAUUGACUGAAUUGAAAUGGAACUGAGCCCAACCCUGAAAGUAACCUUGUUCUGUGAUGAGGGGGACGUAUGACUACUUCAAGGAAAUGUGUUUUAUGUUACAAAAUACAUGUAAGGGUUGAUUCACUUGCUUUGGUUCUUACUUUUUCCCUGUAUGGUACUAGUAAUAAUAUAGGAUGUAAGAAAAUACUGUUCUGUGUGUUUAAAAUGGGAGUGGAUACCUACGUGUGACUUACUGCUUGUUGCUCAGGGGGUAGAAUGUAUGAAGCAAUCUCAUUUGAAAUGUCUAGCUUUAAAAACCUCACUGUAUGGAUGGGGUGUGUCUUGUUUCUGUGAAUCAGGAAGUCACAGAGAUGGACACCCAAUGAGAUGUCAUGUUGUUGCUUUGUGUAGCAACUCACAAGCUUCUUUACUAAAAUAUACACAUUUAGUUUUUCCAUUAAAUAUGUUUUUCAUCCUGGGAUGCCUCUUCCUGUAUCUAAUAAGUCAUGUUUGGUUAAAUGUGUCUCUGACCCAACUGUCCUCAAUAAAACUGACUUGGUGAAA